AACAGCCUCGAUCCCUUUCGUGACGGAGCCAUAAGUCUAGAAUCUUGGAUUCCAUCUGCGAUGUCUUUCAGGUCGUCAAGCAACGUCCCCAUGGACGGCAAUCCCACAUCCGACCCGCUCUCGCCGUUGGAUGCAGGACCUUGCAACAGCAGCCCUAUCACACACUCCAGAAUUCAUCAUUCAGAAACCUCAAGGCUGUAAAUGUUGCGUUGGAAGGGAAUCGAUUUUCAUAUUAAGCGGUCGCGUCUCGGGCACUUUCCGCUGGGCAAGUCCCCAUCUCUCCUUCCUUUUUCUUUCUUCGAUUCGAGCUUCCUUCUUUUUUCCUUCCCAUCAAAAUGUCCGGAGU